CAGACCCCUAUGUUCCCUAAGGUAUUAACGACUAACUACCCAUCUUUCGUUCCAAUGGCCCUAUCUUCUUCAUCAUCUUCUCUUGCUUCCACGCUCCCACAUGACUUCAACCCACACAAAUUAUCAUUUCUUUCCACACUCCAAACCUGCAAAUCCAUUAAAGGGCUCAAGCAAAUCCAUGCUUCUAUCAUCAAAACAAUGCCUUCUCCCGAUGCCCAACUCACCAUUUCCACCAGACUCUCUGCUUUAUGCGCUCAGUCUUUGCCUAUAGACCCCAGAUACGCACUUUCACUUUUGGCCCAACUGCGCACCCCAAAUCUUCCUCUUUACAAUGCCAUUAUCAGGGGUUUGGCUACUUCCAAUAAUGACUCAAUUGAAGGUUUGGUGGUGUACAAACAAAUGCUUAGUAAAGGCAUUGUUCCUGAUAAUUACACCAUCCCUUUUGUUCUCAAGGCGUGUGCGGAGUCUCGGGCGGUGAGAGAGGGUGAGGAGGUUCACGGGCAGGCAAUUAAGAUGGGUUUGGCUUCAGAUGUGUAUGUGAGUAACACACUGAUGAGGAUGUAUGCAGUUUGUGAUGUUAUUCGGAGUGCCCGGAAGGUGUUCGAUACAAGUCCUCAACGGGACUUGGUUUCCUGGACAACGAUGAUUCAGGGGUAUGUGAAAAUGGGUUUUGCGAGGGAAGGGGUUGGGCUGUUCUUUGAGAUGUGUGGGGAGAAUUUACAGGCUGAUGGAAUGACUCUGGUGAUUGUACUUUCCUCUUGUGCUAGAUUGGGUGAUUUGAGAUUGGGGAGGAAGUUACAUAGGUAUAUUAUUCGUAAUAGUAAUGUGAAUUUGGAUGUUUUUGUUGGGAAUGCUUUGGUUGAUAUGUACUUGAAGUGUGGGGAUGCUAAUUUUGCUCGUAAGGUAUUUCAAGAGAUGCCCGUAAAAAAUGUGGUUUCUUGGAAUUCUAUGAUAUCAGGGCUAGCUCAGAAGGGGCAGUUUAAGGAAUCCUUGUACAUGUUUCGGAAAAUGCAAAGGCUGGGUGUCAAGCCAGAUGAUGUCACUUUAGUUGCUGUUCUCAACUCUUGUGCCAAUCUUGGAGUACUUGAGUUGGGGAAGUGGGUCCAUGCAUAUCUAGAUAGAAAUCAGAUCAGAGCAGAUGGGUUUAUCGGGAAUGCUCUAGUGGAUAUGUAUGCAAAGUGUGGAAGCAUAGAUCAAGCCUGUUGGGUAUUUCAAGCCAUGAACCGUAAAGAUGUUUAUUCGUACACUGCCAUGAUUGUGGGGUUAGCUAUGCAUGGGCAAGGGGGGAAAGCAUUGGAUCUCUUCUCAGAGAUGCCUAAAAUGGGCAUAGAGCCAGAUGAGGUGACUUUUGUUGGUGUCCUCACUGCAUGUAGUCAUGUAGGACUUGUGGAGGAAGGCCGAAAAUAUUUUGAAGACAUGUCAACAAUCUACAACCUAAGACCUCAAUUGGAGCACUAUGGUUGCAUGGUUGACCUUUUGGGCCGUGCUGGAUUAAUAAAUGAGGCAGAGGAAUUUAUCAGAAACAUGCCAAUUGAACCAGAUGCUUUUGUUUUGGGGGCGUUACUCGGAGCUUGUAAAAUCCAUGGAAAAGUUGAGCUUGGGGAAAGUGUAAUGAAAAAAAUUGAGAAGAUUGAACCUAGAAAGGAUGGUGCUUAUGUACUUAUGUCAAACAUAUAUUCCUCUGCAAACAGAUGGAGGGAUGCAUUGAAGUUGAGAAAGACAAUGAAAGAGAGAAAUUUGGAGAAGACUCCUGGGUGUAGUUCAAUUGAACUUGAUGGUGUGAUUCAUGAAUUCCAGAAAGGGGAUAAAUCACACCCAAAGAUUAAAGAGAUUUACAAGUUGCUUGAUGAGAUCAUGAGCCAUUUAAAGAACAAUGAGUGCUUGACACGCACUAGCGUGUUUUCUUAAUGCAACUUUGUAGAGAGCAUAAUUAAGAAAAAACAGAGACUGGGCAUACCUCUCAGGUGUUUCAGCAUGAUUACACAGGACAUCACUGAGGAUUUUGGGGACUUUGGGGACCUCUCUCUCCUACUGAGUGAGCUGUAAGCAGGAGACGUACACAGUGGAAAGAAGCAGUUGCGAGCUUGAUGGGUUGUAUCUUGGAGUUUCUAUCAACCAUUAGAACUCGCAUGUUGGGAGGUGAUAGCGGCUUUAGGAUAACAUGUAUCAUGUGCCUCUCCAUUCUUGUCCAACUCUUCUAACUUUAAUACAAUUUUAGAUUUUGAAAUUACUAUUAUCCUUAAA